AAUUUUUUUAAACAACUCACCAGCCAGCUUAUUAAUAUUCGUGGAAGUACCUAAUUUCUUUUCUCUUGAUUCGCUUGUGCAACAUUACUGAUCAGAUCUUAGCAGCAAACUAGCUAGCUAUAACUAUAACUCUAUUUUUAGCAAGGUAGCUAAGGGAAGAGUCAAAAAUCGAUUUUUUUUAAAAAAACGUCAUUUCGACGUUCUAUCUUCAACAUCCCCCCUCCUUAGCAGAAAUAUCACACUAGUUUUCAAUAUUGCAAAUAUACCAUAUUCCAGCAUCUUUUGCGUUCCAAUGUUUCGUCGUGCGAAGCGGAAAAGCCUCCAUGCAGCCUGGCUGCACUAACUAUCUGUAAAAAUAGACAAAGCAAAUGAGAUACCCUAUCCUAAAGAAACUCUUUGUUUUUUACAUAAUAAGGAGUUGAAGGAACCACAGUCUAUCGUCCUUCAAAGUAUAUUCUGCAAAUUAUCUUCUUCGCAGUGACAACCUUGUAGGCUGUGUUGUGAGCAGUUUGUUUAUGUAGCUAUAUGUCUAGCUAUUUUAUAAUGCGGAUUGUAUAUGUUCCAAGAAACAAGUGUUUUAUCGAUAUUUGUUUACUUCUUUUUAAAAAGAAAAAUCGAUAUUUUGAUAAACGUCAUGGUCAAAACCCCCUCCCCCCUAGCUAAACGUCGAAAUGACGUUUUUUUGAAAAAAUCGAUUUUUGACUCUUCCCUAAAGGCAAGUUUAGCUACAGGUAGGGCCACCUUCAAAAAUAUAAUUGGUUAGCGUCUCUCGACCGACUCACUUUGAAAGGCUAAAGUCAAGUCGGGGAGUCGGUAAAUUUGUAAAAAAUAAACCAAACAAUCCACGAACAAUCUUCGACACGCAACAAAAUCCACCAUUUACCUUUUCAGCGGUCCUCUGAAUUAUUUCGAUAGGGGACUGCGCUGCACUACUCAGUGCUAUAUUUUUCUGAUUCGCAUGGCACUACAGAUGCAAUAUUUUUACUCAGACAGCUUCAGGAAAACUAUUUAGGAAAGAGAAAGAAUCUCUAUUUUGCCUUUGUAGAUUUGGAGAAAGCUUUUUAUAGAGUGCCACGUAAAGUUAUUUAGUGAGCUCUGAGAAAAUUAGGUGUGGAUGAGUGGCUAGUUACGAUGGUACAGUCUAUGUACAGCAAUGCUAGAAGUCGUGUCAGGAUUAACGAUUCACUUAGUGAUGAAUUUAGUGUAAAUGUUGGUGUACAUCAGGGUUCUGAACUUAGUCCUUUGUUGUUUGUUCUAGUCUUAGAAGCGCUGUUGAUGGAGUUUAGAACAGGUUGUCCAUGGGAGUUAUUGUAUGCAGAUGAUUUGGUUCUCAUAGCAGAGUCGAUGGAAGAAUUAGUUGAAAAGUUUGAGAAGUGGAAGAAAGGACUAGAAGAGAAAGUGCUAAAGGUAAACACAGCAAAGUCUAAAAUCAUGAUUAGUAGCAUUGCAGCCAAGUGUGACCUUGUAGUUGGAAAGUGGCCUUGUGGAGUUUGCAGGAAAGGGGUUGGUAGUAACUCAAUUUUUUGUCACACUUGGCUGCAAUGCUACUAAUCAUGACUUUAGACUUUGCUGUGUUUACCUUUAGCCCUUUCUCUUCUAGUCCUUUCUUCCACUUCUCAAACUUUUUAACUAAUUCUUCCAUCGACUCUGCUAUAAGAACCAGAUCAUCUGCAUACAAUAACUCCCAUGGACAACCUGUUCUGAACUCCAUCGACAGCGCUUCUAAGACUAGAAUAAACAACAAAGGACUAAGUACAGAACCCUGAUGUACACCAACAUUUACACUAAAUUCAUCACUAAGUGAAUCGUUAAUCCUGACACAACUUCUAGCAUUGCUGUACAUAGACUGUACCAUCGUAACUAGCCACUCAUCCACACCUAAUUUUCUCAUAGCCCACCAAAUAACUUUACGUGGCACUCUAUCAAAAGCUUUUUCUAAAUCUACAAAGGCAAAAUAGAGAUUCUUUCUCUUUCCUAAAUAAUUUUCCUGAAGCUGUCUGAGUAAAAAUAUUGCAUCUGUAGUGCCACACCCUGGAACAAAACCAAAUUGCAUCUUAUCUAUAUCAAUUCUUUCUCUAAGUAACUUAUCAAUCACUCUUUCAAUAACUUUCAUUACUUGAUCAACCAACUUCAAACCUCUAUAGUUACGCCUUUCUACCAAAGAUUCAGAACAUGAAAUGCUUAACACAAUAUAAUAUAAACUUAUAACAAUCUAAUAUUUUAUGCAAUAGAAAAAGUAGAAAUUAAAUUAAAUUUGUAUCCCUCUUUUAAUAGUGGCGAAAAUGUGUUUAUUGAAAACAAGAAGUUGUUAUCAUUUUGCAAUGUUUUUUUUCGAACCGAUGCACUUGCUGAAGCAAUACAUUUGAUAAACCAAUGCCAUUAAUGAUUUGCCUUUUCAAUAGCACUGUUGUUGAUUAGUUAGGUUAAUAGUUCACUGCCAACUGGCUUUUUAUGUUUCGAGAUGAACUCAUUAGGUUAGGGCAUCAUUAGGUUGUAUAUCGCAGAAGUCGCCGGUGACAUGCUUCGAAAAUGCUUGUCACCGGCACAGUUUAACAUGAAGCAAAACUGUACAGUAGACUCAAUUGUUAGAGUCUUUGCAGAACAUCUCUCCUAACCAAAAACCGAGGGCCGGGCUGACUUAUUGCCUGCUGGGCUAUGAGAAAAUUAGGUGUGGAUGAGUGGCUAAUUACGAUGGUACAGUCUCUGUACAGCAAUGCUAGAAGUCGUGUCAGGAUUAACGAUUCACUUAGUGAUGAAUUUAGUGUAAAUGUUGGUGUACAUCAGGGUUCUGUACUUAGUCCUUUGUUGUUUAUUCUAGUCUUAGAAGCGCUUUUGAUGGAGUUCAGAACAAAUUGUCCAUGGGAGUUAUUAUAUGCAGAUGAUUUGGUUCUCAAAGCAGAGUCGAUGGAAGAAUUAGUUGAAAAGUUUAAGAAGUGGAAGAAAGGAAUAGAAGAGAAAGGGCUAAGGGUGAACACAGCAAAGUCUAAAGUCAUUUUUAGUAGCAUUGCAGCCAAGUGUGACCUUGUAGUUGGAAAGUGGCCUUGUGGAGUUUGCAGGAAAAGGGUUGGUAGUAACUCAUUUUUUUGUCAGACUUGCAAGCAUUGGGUACAUAAGAAGUGCAGUAGUAUUAGUGGAAGGUUAAGAGCUGACAUUCAGUUUGCAUGCAAGUGUUGCAAAGCUGAGAUUAUAGAGAAUAAAGUAUUUCCAGCUUCAAUGAUGUACAACAGUGGCUCGUUAGAGAUAGUUGAGAACUUCUGUUACUUAGGUGAUAUGUUGGACAGUGAAGGGGGUGUUGGAAGAAGUGUUACUUGCAGGAUAGGUUCUGCUUGGAAAAAGUUUAGAGAGUUACUUCCUUUGUUGACUAGCAGAGUCCUGUCAAUUGAGGUAAAAGGUAGGUUGUAUGAGGCAUGUGUAAGAAGUGUUAUGUUGUACGGUAGUGAGACAUGGGCAGUGAAGCAGGAAGAUCUAGACUGUUUAGAAAGGAAUGAUAGAGAAUGGUUAGGUGGAUGUGUAACGCCAGUCUGAGAGACAGAAAAAAUUCAGAUGAGCUAAGAAGCAGGCUAAGUAUCCGUAGAAUUAAAGAUGUUAUCCAGAUAAGAUGAUUGAAUUGGCUGGGGCACUUGGAAAAAAUGGAGGGGGAUAAUUGGGUAAGAACUGUAGAGACUUGAUAGUUCCUGGGGCAAAGCCCAGAGGCAGACAGAGAAAGACUUGGUAGGAGGUUAUAAGGACAGACUUGAUACAAAGGAAGUUGAGUUUAGAUCUAACACAGUCUAGACCAGAUUGCAAGAGGGUCAUUAAUAUACCCCAUCCAACCCAUGCUAGCAUGAAAAACGGACGUUAAGCCGAGAAUGAUGAUGAUGAUGUGUCGUGUGGGAGAAAGAAAUUCUGGACUUCUUUUUAAUACGAUAUACAAUUUUUUAGACUAUUAUUACGAAUCGAAUGGUACCACAGUAUUUCUGUAGCCUGAGUGAUUUUAGUUAGUGAUAAUGGCUUAACUUACUGAAAAUCGAAUGUAAUUAUUUUGUAGUUGCAAUGAGUGGGAGUAGCUCAAAUAAAAUCAAAAUUAUCGUUGUUUAAUAAUUUCACAACAAAAUCGCCGACGCAACUAUGGUUUCUUUGUAUUUUAAGUCGGCAAUUACGUGGGCAGUGCUGAAUGCCGACAUUAAUUUUAAGGGCUGCUCAUACAAUUUUAAUUGAGGACUGUGUCGUUAAUUGAUGUUUCAAACUAAAAUAAAAGGAUUUAGCAGUUUCAAAUUAUAUUUUAUAUGUAAUAAUAUCAUUUCAGGAAAUUUGGAAUUUUGUCUUUAUGUCUGAAAUAUUCUCUGUUAGGCAUCAAGAUAGGAUUGGAAGAAUUUAGUAUCGUUUCAUGAGAGAUUUUAUAAAAUAGUAUUUUGGCUCAGCCUUAUAAAUAUCAAAUAUUGUUUAUUAUACAUCUGGUAAUAGUAAUGCUAGCAAAGGUUAAGGAAAUUUGUUUAUCCAUUUUAUUAACUAACUUCCAAAAUUUAACACAUAAACAUUAUCAAAAAAAUCAAAGUUAAAGAAUAUGCAUAUGAGCUGUCUUUUGUAAACCUGACUUCUGUCUAUUAAUGAUUCUGAGCGCGUGCACACAUAUUCAGCAUAAAGGUUCCCAAAUUAGCGAAUUAUGACGACAGAAAGAAAAAAUAUGCAUUUUUUUGAAUGAUUAUAAUUUCAUAACGACAUUAUUAGAAGAAAAAAAUCGGGAACCUUUUUGAAUUUAAUUUAUGCUGAAUAUAAUGGUGUGAAAAACGAGAAGUCUGCGACGAAAAAAGAAGCCAUUAAAAAAGAAGCCAUUUUAAAACGUAUGGUGAAAAAAAAUUGGUGUGUGUUUAUUUCAUUAUAUUUUCUUUUUGGAAAAUUACCAUCUCACAAAAAUAGCAUCAUCAAAAAAGUCUUUCAUCAAGCAUUCAGAAACAAAAAAACAUAAAAAAAAUAUAAAAGUAUUGAUAAAUUAUAAGGGUUUUUCUGAGACUACUCAUCAAGUGAGUUUUUUCCUUUACAGUAACCUUAAAAUAUCUACAUGAAUGAACAAUGAUAAAUUUUACAUUUUAAGAGAGAAAUACCCAGACAAUAUGAACAAUUAUCUCUUAGACGAACCUUAAUAAAUUAAACCUAAACAAAUGAGGACAAUCCAUUUUAUUGUAGUGUGUUUUCAAAAAUGUCAUUAGCUUUCUUUAGUACUUCACAAGCACAAAAUGCUUUUUGUUUUUUACUUGCCUUCUUAAGCCUACCUACAAGAGCCCUUAUAGACUUAUGCCAAGCAUUCUCACCCAACAAAGCCUAACCUAUAGAACAAUCUUUUUUCCACAAACAAAGGGACAAGUAAAACAACAUACAAUUAUUUGAACAAUUGAACACAAGUCAGAAUUUUCUCCUUUUAUUUGAUGUAUGGCCUCAUUUUCAGUUAUCAUAUUCUUUUAGAUUGCUAGGAUCAACCCUACUACUACUAACCCCUGUAAAGAACAGCCUCUUUACAUGCAUAAAGUUACUUAUUAUGUCUCGAAGUGUGGGGUAAGCAGAUAUGUAAAUUUAGGUUUACUAUGACUCUUAGUACAUUCUGUAACUUGAUAUCACAAGGCCGGAAAGAUGUGCUUGUUCAAAGGUUGAAUUUUGACUCCUAAAUAAGUGGCUAAACACAUUAGAUUCAGGUUAUGCUGCUAAAUAGCUAAGAAAAGGUUAAAAAAGUAUGUUUAUUAUAAGGGAAAGGGUCAUGUUAAAAACAUAAAUGGAGGAAGUGUAUGAAUUUUUAGGUGUAUGAGGCCAUGCCAAAGCAAAAUUAAUAAAAAUCUCUCUUUGUUUAAGUAUUAUUACCAAAAGAUACCAACUGUUUUUUCGUCUUAAGUCAUUCUUUUUUUUGCUAAGGAAAGAAAAUAGAAAAUGGUACACCACAUGUUACCAAUAGAAAAGGUUUACUGUUUAUUAUUUCUUUGUAUUUCAUUUUUUUUGUUAUGGGUGAAAGAGCAUGUGUUUGAGGAAAGUGUGAAGCAUGCUUUAAAGAAAUAUUUGCUUAUUAUAAGAAUCUCCUAUUCUUAUCACUUUUACGUUUUUUUGCAUGAAUAAAUUCACACCAUAAAAACACUAUGCUCUUUGUGUUUUCAUAAACAAGCAUAGUUAUAAAUGAAACAUUAAUUGCUUAAGAAGUAAUCUGUUUAUGUUUAAACUGUAGUCUUGCUAAAAAAAGGUUUUUGGUUUCAGAAAGAACAUUUAAAAUUUAAUUAUAGCCAAAUUUUAUUAUUUACUUUGCUGGUUUUCAGUGUUGUCUUUUCAUAGAAUUAUAAUCGAAGUUUGUCUUUGCUAAGUAUAAACUCAAAUACAUAAUUAAUAUUAGCCAGUAUGCUUUUCAAAUCAUCUAUUAUUCAUUUGCACACCUUUGAAGAAGUUUUCAACUGAUUGGUAACAAUGCUAAAGAAUAAUUUGAAUGUAGAGUGAAUGCACAUAGUGGUGUCUGUGUUGAUUUAUUUAUGUUGUGUGUAAAAAAUACCUGUUUCUUAUGAGCAAAUUAUAUACAAAGCUAUAAAAUGUUCUUUUCAAAGAAGCAGUUAGGUUUGUUUUAAAAAGUGUUUUACUAAAACUUUUGUGAAAGAUAUCAGGUCUACUUGUCAGCCAUCUAGGUUCUCCUGUGUUAUUUAUGUUAAUGAUGAACCAUGUGUUUAGCUUUAAAAUAUUGUUUUGGGUUUUUUGACAUAUUUAGUUAAAGGUUGUUGAUUAGUUGCGAAGAUUUGGUGUGCAGAUAUGCUGUUGUUAUUUAAAGUAGAACAAUCAAUUUUUCUAAUUAAAGUUCAUUUAUGUUGCCAUUUUUCCUAACAUUAACUUCUAUUCCGGCCUAAUAUAGAAAGGCUAUUUUUGGAUAUUUAUAGCAGAAGCAAAAGUCUUGUUGCUUAGUUUGCACCAGGAAUUUAUGGAAGGUUAACAGGUAUAAUUGUAACUGAGUUUAAAAUCAAAUUGCAACUUAUAGAUUGCACACUAUAAGUUCAAUAAAAGUGUUUUUAGUCAGUUAAAAAAACACAUAUGCAAAAUAGAAGUUUUAUAAGAAAUAUUAAUGCUAAUGUUAAGUGUAUACCUUUCGGUGACUUUACACCAGCUGAAUAUUUAGAGCAAAAUAGAGCAAAAACCUAGUUUUGGGUUAGGCCAAUUUUCAGCCAGCAAGAACAAGCUCUCCAAUCUUUCAACCAUUUCUUUUACAAAAUCAAGUGUUGCAGGUAAAUCUUUGAUGCAUGCAAGUUUGUUCUAGUCUUAGAAGCGCUGUCGAUGAAGUUCAGAACAGGUUGUCCAUGGGAGUUAUUGUAUGCAAAUGAUUUGGUUCUCAUAGCAGAGUUAGUUGAAAAGUUUGAGAAGUGGAAGAAAGGACUAGAAGAGAAAGGGCUAAGGGUGAACACAGCAAAGUCUAAAGUCAUGAUUAGUAGCAUUGCAGCCAAGUGUGACCUUGUAAUUGGAAAGUGGCCUUGUGGAAAGGGGUUGGUAGUAACUCAAUUUUUUGUCAGACUUGCAAGCAUUGGGUACAUAAGAAGUGCAGUAGUAUUGGUGGAAGGUUAAGAGCUGACAUUCAGUUUGUAUGCAAGCGUUGCAAAGGUGAGAUUAUAGAGAAUGAAGUAUUUCCAGCUUCAAUGAUGUACAACAGCGGCUCUGUAGAGAUAGUUGAGAACUUCUGUUACUUAGGUGAUAUGUUGGGCAGUGAAGGGGGUGUUGAACUGGGCCAUUAAUUUACCCCGUCCAACACCAUGCUAGCAUGAAAAUGGACGUUAAGCUGAGAAUGAUGAUGAUGAGAAUGAUAAAGUGUUGAGCAUCAUCUGUUGUUGUUUUGCAAUUUUUUAACUUCUCUUUCAUUGAAUCACUUGAGGCAUGGUCAGUGUCUUUAAGCUUAAAACUCGAAAGAGCAAAAUUUUUUAAUAUUUGAGUUUAACUGUUUUGUGGUUUAAUGUAAGUUUAUGUCACAAAUUUUGACUUCUGUGAUGUAUGCACUAUGGUUUUAAGUUAAAAGCAACCUAUUAAGUACAUUUGAACUCACAUAAACCACUGACGUGUACCGAGUUUAAUGGAUUUUAUUUUAAAUUAGUUCAAAAAAGUAGUUUUAUAAGCAUACUAUAUGCAGGUACACUGAUAGCUUGAUGUUGUUGUUCAUCUUGUUAUCUUAUAAUUGAGAUAUAAUAUUGACUUUAAUUGCUAGAAACUCAUAGUAAAUAAUUUCUUACAAAAUGCACACAAAUUCGCAUCAAGUUUUAUUGAAGGUUUUUUAAAGAGAAGGUCAUCAGACAGGAUUUGUUUUUCCCAAUUUGUGAAAAAGUCUUGUAAAUACAAAAAUCACAACCUCACAACGUAUAUUUUACUUUUUUGCCAGAGAAAGACUUAAAAAUCAUGAUCUUAUAACUUGCUUCCUUAUUUUAGUAAUUUUUUCGAUGAUUGUAAUAUGUAAUGUCCAGAAACUUAAAAAUUAGUUUUUAAUGCGUUAGACUUCUCUAUACAUAGUACCAAACAGAAAAUAUAAACAAAAACAUUUAUUACAUUAAAAAUAUACUGAUUACUACAGCUAAAGUGCAUUAGAUGUAGGUGUUGUUAUAACUUGUUUUUAUUAAUUGCAGUUACAACCAGCAGAUCAAUCAAUCAGGGCAUAAUUGCUUUGCUAUAUAGUCUUAACAAAAAUUUAGAUGGUGUGGACUUACGUAACUAUGAAACGCAAAGUUCCAAAGAAUCAAACUACUAUUUACAUUUUCACUCUGAAAAGAUAAAAUAUUUUACCAUCACUUUAGUUGUAGUAAAAGUUUUACUGAAAACUUUAUUUAUGGAAGAGUGCAAAAUAAAAAAAAGCUGAAUAUGUGUUGUUAUACUUUUUUUUGAGUUGAAUUGAAUAACUUGGAAUCUUAAAAUGGCAGUAGUUUGCUCAGUCAACAGUUCAGUCAAGAGCACAUUACGUCACGCAUGCACAAACUUACACACAAAUACUUUUAUCUAAAUAGUUUGUAUACCUAGUUACGAUAUGGAAAUGCACAAUUUAGGCUUUACAUAUGGUCAAAUCUCUAUAGGUUGGAAUAAAACAAGGUGAUGAUUAACCAUCGUACAAAUGAAAUAGUUUCGUAACAAAAUACUGCGUAAUUUAACCUUUAUGUGUUUUGAUUUUAAUAUUUAUGGUUGGAGACACAUAUUUCUAUAUGCUUUCCAAUAAGUUUGAGUUGUUACUAUCACACAUUUACUAUCAGGUGUGUGCCAGGCUGUAAACAUCACAGAAAACUUUAUAGCAUAUUGUGAAGCCAUUUCACCACCCCCUAAUUUUCCAUUUAUUUUCAUUUUUCAUGUGUAUAUGUGCGUAAGAAUUUUGAAACACAGCAGGAAUUGAAGUCAAAAACUUUUUAAUGAGAAAAUACUUUUCAAAGUUAAAAAUACAUAUAUUUAAAUUAUAAAAUUUAAAGACUAAUUAUUUAAGUUAAAGUUAGGUUAAAUAUUUCUGCCUUUACUUCACAUCUUCUUGUCGGUUUGUACUGUGGUUAUGUAAACAAUAACUUCUUUUUUUCUAUAUAUAUAUUAAAUGAAUAUUUAAAAGUGUAAUAGUUAUUUUAUUUUUUUAUCACAAAAUUAUAAAAGAAUAGGAAGUAUGACACCACUGAUUAGCACUCCAUCCAUGUGUUUUCUUGUAAUUCUGAAGCUAUUUGUUCAAAUACUUAUCAGGAUAAAGUUUCUCAUACAAACACGUCUCAUUUCAUAUGACAUUGAUCUAGUUGUGAAAUAUUUCUGUGGAGUGGGCGAGUUAUUUAAGCUAACUGAGAAAUUUGUUUACCGUUCACAGUUUGUGCAAAUAAAAGAAGCCAGAUUUUACUUGCUUCAUAAGGUUAUAAAAAAAUAACUGUAUAUUCUGGUUGGAAAUUAAGUUUUCUAAGGUUAUGGAAAGUGUUAUAUGUGGUUAAAUAUUUGUGGUUUUUGACUUUUGUCUUUUACCCAUUGAUUUUGAGUGACUUACAGUGGAAUUAUUAUACCAGGAGUCCUGUUUAUUUUCUGGGUCAAUUGGUUCAAUUGGUUAUGUUAUAGAUUCGAAUUAAGCAUUGAGUAUUAUAUGUAGUUCUGGGUUUUGUUAAUCGUCCAUAUUAGUUUUAGUUAAUGGCAUUGUUCUAGUUAAUAGUUUGUUUACGUUAGUUAGAAAUAAAAGGCGGGACAAAAUGAGCAAACAAAACCAGUUGAUAAAAGGAGUACAGGAAGUAUCGAUAAUUUGUGAGUUUAUUAGUUAGCAAUUUGUCAUAACAAGUUGGCAUGGAUACGGUUAGUUGUCAUUAAAAGGAGAAAUGUUUCCAACUGGUUGCUAAUUAAUGAGAAUUAGGUUGUAACAAUAGGCAUUAAUGAGGUCAUGUUUUUGAUAUAUUACUGUGUAAAUAGAAAGAUGAGUUUAUUAUAUAUUUCAUAGUUAUUACAUAGAGGAUAGUUCGAUAAAUCAGUGUCUUAUCAGAAAGAAAAAGAUAAGAUUGGUGUGAAAAGUUUUGGUGGGUUAAUAGACUAUUCACUACACUAUUCACUUUAUUACAUGAAAAAAGGGGUUGUCUAAUUCUGUUUGCUUCAUCAUGAAAAUAUAUAAGAGGAGCAGAAAGAUGGCUGACAUGUUUGUAACUGAUAUCUUUCCAAAUGCUUGCAGCUCAAGCAACCAUAUAGAUGUUUAUAAAAUACCAGAGGAUGGAUAUUUUGAAAUUGUUACUAUUCCGCCAGAAUCUGUAAUUAUGAAUACAACCAACAGUACAGAAAAGCACAUUGUAAAUACUAUG